GUCAACGGAUGCUGUUACAGAGGCUCAAAGUGCACAUUUCCCGUUGCACGUUUCCCCCCCAAAGUAGAGCCGCUUGCGAAAUUGCCGCACAUGUUGUGCGAAGAGGAUUUGUAACUCGAUUGGGCCGUCAUGCUCCGUCUGAGGGAUCCAAAUAUUUGACGCAUAUCCCGUUUCCCUUCCCCUCCCAGAUUGUCUUUAUUGAGCGGUGCGCAUGUUUAUGGCACGGGUCUAACCGUGAGCCAAUGUCAACUCCCGUGAUGCUGUAAAUCCUCGCCUAUGUUGGAUCCGAUGGCACCUAAUCCCACCCGCCAUCCCGACCUCCACCGGCAAGCGGCACACGACAGUGGCCUCAUCCUAGCUCCUGGUGAUGGAGGGUAUCUUGACUCUGUCUGUACGCAAGUGCAGGUCUUUGCCGCGCCAGAUACUGAAGCAACCCGAUCCUACAUGGAUACACAGGAUCCAGCGCUUCCCCGGUCCUGGCCUAAUACCGCUACCGUACGCAACCUGCCCGGAAGCGGUGCUAUUUAUGGGGAUGGUAUUGUCGAACAAAUAUGCAGCCCAGGUUUCGGUAGUCAGUACUCUCCGCAAUAUUUCGACCGGGACAAGAAUUACCGCCACCAUCCAGCACUUCAGCAGCGGGAUGUGAGACACGUUGCGUCCCCGGAUCAACCGAAUCAAGAAUCUCACCCCGUUCGCGCCGAUUUGUCCAACACUGAUCACAGUUGGAAUACUGCGUCCCAUUCGGCAGGAGUCGCUAGUGCCGUUCCAUUGAGUAUUUCCUCACGGCUACCUCGAGAUUACCCUCCAUAUUCAGCCAGAGCAAAGGAAUCAAAUUAUUGCAACAACGAAGAGGGUCAGACACCAUACAGAGACGACCGUGGCACAGCCCAGACCUCGGGUCCUUUGAGCCCCCAUUCGUCACCUUCAACACCCGUUCCCGCGGCGGUUAACGGCUUGCCACCUCCUGAAAACAGUGGUCAAGGAGAAGAAGAACGUGUUCAACAGGUUUUUGGACCUCGUAAAGAGUGGAAUCUCAUACCUGCUCUCCGUCGUGGUCGAAAGCGUAGACCGGGUUCAUCUCAAGGUAGAGUGAAGAGAAACUCGACAAGUGAAAUUCCGCGGCCACGGAGGCGCGGGCCGCUGGCCCCCGAUGUCAAGGAACAGGCUACUCUAAAGCGGAUUGGUAAACUGGUCUGCGUGGUCUGCCACUACAAGAAAGAAAAGUGUGAUAAAUCCAACUUCUCUGCUCCGGACAGCCCAUGUCGUAGAUGCAGGGUGUCUCUGACACCAUGCGUCCGUUAUCAAAUCUCCGAUGCAGCACUGUACCGGAAACAGGCGGCGCCGUUCCAGAUGUUCAGCAAACGCUGGAAGUCUAUGGCUAUGGUGGACAUCUCGGAUUGGGAUAGCCCGGAGAUUAGAAUCGCUCGCUUCAGUCUGGUUGCUGUUGACGUGCCAUACGAACUGAAACUCCGCAGAUUCAUACCUGUGGACGGCGACAAUCUCACCGCGACUGGCUACUCAAGCGAAACCUACACUUUGCAACCAUAUGGGAUAGCCAAUAUGCAAGAGGCGGCUGACUCUAUUAGCACCAUGGUUGAUGAGGGAGUGGGACACUACCUUCGCGCCUUCGUCGGCAAUUUUAAGACCAGCCAGCUCAUUUGGGAUACAUAUUAUAUUGCAUUUCGACGCGUAGAGGCGGCUCCGACGCAGAAGGAGAGAGAGCUGCUUGCGAAUACGUUUCGGCUAUGGGUAUGCUGCCGUAACAUUUCAUGCGAGGAACAUAUUUUACAGGGCGACGAGUUCGGUGUGAGGAUGGUCGAGGACGAGUUCAGCCCGUACUAUUCUAAAUUCCCAGCAUGUUUUUGUGUCCUGAUGGCCCAGCUCGAAUGCAUAUACCACAUCCGAUUCCUUCAACCGUUGGGCAGCAGCGUUCUGAGAACGCUUCUGUUUCUCAUCGGCGAAAAGCAGAAGAAAUAUUGGUUUACCAUAUACCUAGUGUUGUUCAUGCUUCUUCACAGCUGUUCAAUGACCGCCCAGAGAGACCAUGAAUCUGCCGUUGCGUUCGGUUUGGAAACCCAAUACUGCAAUCCAGAUAGCAUUAAGGAGCAAGCCGUUGGAGCAAAGAUUCUAUUAGCUCAUUUCCAUAUCGCUCUCCAGGGAAGCCUACCCUUCAAGCAGAUAUUAGAAGGCCGCCCUCCCGAUUAUACUUCACUAGGCCUAACCCAGCCAGAGGCCGAGUUCGUCACCAAGUGUACGCAGGAAGCUCGGAUUUCCAGGAGAACUUGGGACGAGAUACGCUCUCUGGGCGACCAGACCAACGAGUUAUACUGGAUUUCACAACUUUACGACGACAACUGGAGGCCGGAAAGGAUGGACUGAGAGUUCAUUCGUUAUCUCAUCUUAAGCUAUACGCUCUGUACCGAGAAGGAAAUUAGACAAGAACGUCCUCAAACUUCGACAGGAGAAGGGACU